AUGGCCCCUGAAGCCAAGAUCAACGAACUGCGGGCUCAGUGCGACGAGAUCGACCAGACCCUCAUGAUCGCCCGGGAGAAGCAGAGGGCCAUCUAUAAUAUCGCCAUGGAGCUCGCUGUCCUUGGCUUUCCUGACGAAUCUGACAAGGCUCUGGAUGACUUGGCCCAGGUCGACAGUAUGAUGAGGGACAUGGAGAUGAUGAGCGUCUCGCUGAAUAUGGAGCUUCUGCUCCUGAGCGAUCAACUGCUAGCCAGCCUUUCGGAGUCUAUCGUGCCUUUUCCGUACGAUUCUAGUCAGCUCCCGCUUACCAAGGAAGACUCUGAGGAGUGGUCCAGCCGCCACAGGAGACAGCGUGGCAUGCAAUAA